AUCAGUGUUUAAAAAUACUUCGCGCAAUAAAGAACAGAUAUGAUUUUAUUUUUUAUAACUUCAUUUUUAUUAAUUGUUGUAAGCAGUGAAAAUAAUGCCCCAAUUGUACAAACGCCAUUGGGUCUUAUAGAAGGUAACAUUGAAAAAUCAAGUAAUGGUAGGAACUUUUAUUCAUUUAGAGGUAUACCAUUUGCUAAACCACCUGUAGGAAAAUAUAGAUUUGAGCCAUCGGUACCUAAUAAACCAUGGUCGGGAAUAUGGAAAGCAAACAAUUCUUAUGUUUGUCUUCAAUAUAACCAUUUUAAUUGUCCUGGUAGAGACAAGGUAGAGGGCGAGGAGGACUGUCUUUACCUAAACGUAUUUACUCCAAUAUUGAAGAAAAACGCAAAUCUAGACGUUGUCGUUUAUAUUCAUGGAGGUGCUUUUAUGUUUAACUCUGGAAAUGUACAGGGGCCUAAAAAAUUAAUGGACAAAGAUGUUGUACAAGUAAAUAUCAAUUAUAGAUUGGGGCCGUUUGGGUUUCUUAGCACGGAAGAUGAUUUAGUACCUGGAAAUAACGGUAUCAAAGAUCAAAUUUUAGCCAUGAAAUGGGUUAAAGAUAACAUUGAAUUAUUUGGUGGAAAUUCUGAUUCAAUAACUAUAUUUGGUAUGUCUGCUGGUGGGGCUAGUGUAGAAUUACAUUAUUUAAUCCCAGAAAGUAAAGGAUUAUUUCAUAAGGGUGUCUCACAAAGUGGUGUAUCCUUGAACCCAUGGGUUAUAAUGGAAAACCCAUUAGAGCAAGCAAAUAAAUUGGGAGCUGCAGUAGGUUGUAGUACCAAAAAUACAGAGAAGCUUGUGAAGUGUUUAAAAAAGAGGCCUGGUAGACAGAUUGUUUCUGCCAUAUCUCAUUUUCAGCCAUGGUUAUAUAAUCCGUUCUCUCCAUUUGGAGUGGUCGUGGAUAGUUGGUCAAAAAACCCCUUAUUAAGAGAUCAUCCCUAUAAUUUACUUAAAAAUAAACAAGUUUAUGAUGUUCCAUGGAUUUCCUCUUUUACAUCAGAAGAGGGACUUUACCCUGCUUCAGAAUUUUACCCAGAAGAAUAUUUACAAGAAUUGGAUUCAAAAUGGAACGAUAUAAUACCACAUAUUUUGCAUUAUAAUUUUACUAUUAAUCACAAUGAAUUGGAUAAAAUAAGCAGUCAAAUUAAAACAUAUUACUUAAAAGAUAAAAAAGUUUCAAAAACUACAUAUUCAAAACUAGUUAAGUUAAUUGGCGAUAGGCUAUUCUACUUUGAUAUUGAAAAAGGUGUAAAACUACACUCUGCUGCAGUUAAAUCCGAUGUAUUUUCGUAUAAAUUUAGUCAUAGGGGAGCUUAUAGCGCAUCAGACUUUAUAUCUGGAAGUAGAGAUAAUUUAGGUGCCUCACAUGCGGACGAUACCGCCUACAUAUUUCACACAUUUGAUACCAAUUCAACUCCUGAAGACAGGGCAGUUAGUGAUUUCUUGAUGGAUACAUGCACAGCUUUUAUGAAAACAGGAAAACCAAUGUCCAAGAUUCAAUGGCAUCCAGUUUCUAAAAAUCUUGCAGAUCCUUUGAAUGUAUUGCACAUUGAAAAUUCAAAUUCUAUUAAAAUGGAAACUUUACAAGACAUCAGUAAUCAACAGUUUUGGAAUUUGUUACCUUUUGCAGAAAAUGAAAAAUUAUUAGCCAAAGAAAACAAAGAUGAAUUAUAAUAAAAAUAUACUUAGUUAUAAAAUAAAGUUUUAUUAAACAUAA